AUGGCGUCUAAACCUCAUGGAAUAUACAGUAACCAAAACGCAGUGAAUUAUAUAAAUAAAAAAGGAAUCGAUGAACUAUUCGAGGCGAUUAUGACGGCGCUGAUGGUUCAUAAACCAGAUGAUCACAUUGCUUUUAUUCGUGAAUGUUUAGAUAAGGUGCAAAACAAUCCACAUCGCGUUCGUUGGGAUUUGUUCGUGACGAAUAACAAAGGUGCCUUACCGUCCCGACCGUCUACUCUUCGCAAUCGGCAAAAAAUCUUACCGCCAAUGCGUUCAACAAACUCAACACCGCGAACAAGUCAAUCAUUAGAUCGAAAAGCUCCAGUGAAAGCGCCAGCAUUGCCACCGAUUGACCACAACAAGCGUCUUUCUCAAAAUUUACCUAUAUUACUUCUUCUAAGUUCGUCGAAUGCAACGAAAUUAUGUGCACGAUUAUUAGAACGAUACAAUCAAGUAUCAUUUCUAUCCAUCGAAGAUAUUGCUAAUAUCGACUACGAUGGUCGUUUAGAUCUCACCAAGCAAGAACAUCGAUAUCAUUGUAUACAAAACGCCAUCGAACAGUAUCGUUCGACUUCUAACGGUUUUAUCAUCGCAGGUCAUCUAGAUGAGAAACAUUUCUAUCGAAAAUGGCUCGAAAAACUUGGACGUAUUGACGCCAUGAUUAUUUUAUCUACCGAUCGACUCAGUGUUGCCAAUAGAAAUCUGAAUAUAACUCAAAUCAACCCAAACAAUAAUUUCGACAUUAUUCUUGCUGAAGCCGCUCGCGUCACAGAUGAAAUUUUCCCAUUGAACACAUCUAAGCCAAAAUCAUCUGAAUUGACUCAACCGACCAGCAAUGGUCAGCAUGUGCCGAUCAUAUUUUGUAUUGACAAUUAUCAAUUACCGGUGAAAGAAGCGAAGCAUCCGAGAAUUAGUGCACGAUUAUCACUAGAUGCCGAAUUCGAAAACAUUGAGGAUGAAACUGAAGAGGAAAUCAACAAUUCAUUUAUACACGCAUUAGCGGAACGAAUAGCGGAAGAUUUUUCGUAUAAAUCACUUCAUUAUAUUGAUUUCAAGCAAUCAUUUCUCCGUUUCGAUCAAUUAAAAGCAACUAUGCUCGAUUCGAUGAGUACAUGUACUGGUUAUGUUAUUGAUGGUUUUCCAACGUCAUCGGAUGAACUUCGAAAGUUUCAAACUGAAAUUGGACCUUGUUCUGCGUUGAUUUACAUUGGUGAAGAGCAACCGGAGACGAAUAAUGAAGAAUUCAAUGCCAUUAUUGACAAGUUCAAAGCAGAAAACAAAGCUAUCUAUGUCGAUGGUCGAGUCGAAGUUGAUGAAAUCUAUGAAGAUCUAAAAAAAGAUAUUCUCAAACGUAUCUAA